AUGGCCGAAAAUUCCAAAUAUCACUCUGCCCUAGCUGUCACCAACGUGAAUAAUCUUAUUCCAAUCACCUUGGACAUGGAAACCGCCAUAACAGCAUAUCAAACCACCAAGGCCGCUGAUCUCCCACUAUGGAACCGUCUUGAUGUUGUUGUACUUCAAUGGAUUUAUGCGACUAUAUCUCCUGAUAUUCUCACAUCGAUCCUCGUGGCUGAUGAUUCGGCUGAAAGAGCCUGGCAGCAUGUAGCUGAUUUAUUCCAAGAUAACAAAAACUCUAGGGCGUUGUAUCUUGAAACUCAGUUCACAAACACGUACUUGACUGAUUUCUCCUCCACCUCCGCCUAUUGCAACCACCUCAAAUCUCUUGCUGACCAAUUGUCUAAUGUCGGGGCUCCUAUUUCAGAUCAACGCCUUGUGCUCCGCUUGCUCGCUGGCUUAACCGAAGCCUAUGCUGGUUUUGUCACGGUUAUGCAACAGAAGGAUGAAUUGCCCAGUUUUGCUACAACAUGUUCUCGUUUGAAGUUGGAAGAGACCACGAUUAAGGAGCGAGCAACCCGUGAAUCUGGUUCCACUGCCCUCUUAACCGUGGACGAAGGCUUCUCUUCACGGCCGCAACACCAUAACAGCAACAUCACUUCAUCACAGGCUCGUAAUAAUCCCAAUCGAGGCAAGAAAAACAACCGAGGCAGAGUUAACAACAACCGCAGUGGCAAAGGCGGACGCGGUAGUGCCUGGGCUGCAGGCGCUGGAAGGGGCGGUGCACCACAACAGCAGCAGUACCAAACCUACCCACCGUACCAGCAUCCAUUCUUUAAUCCUUGGGCAGGGUGGGCCCAACCUCCCUGUCCUUAUCCAACAGCCUCAUGGCAACCUAGACCUCCACGCCAAGUUGGUAUUCUUGGAUCAAGACCACCACAACAAGCAUACAAUGCAUCAGUAGCACCAUCCAAUGUUGGUUACACACCUACAGAUAUUAAUGCGGCCAUACAUAGCCUUUCACUAUCUCAACCAGAUGAGAAUUGGUAUAUGGACACUAGUGCUACCUCUCAUAUGACGGCAGACCAAGGACUUGCAGACGGGGAACCAUUUAAUAAGGUGUAA